AUGAAAAAUGUAAUUUUCCUCGAUGAAACGUGGCUUAACGCCAACUCAACAAAGGAGGUGGGAUGGACGGACGACAAGUCUGAUUGCAACUUAAAUGCUCCGCUCGGAAAAGGGAAAAGACUCAUAAUAUGCCAUGCAGGAGGAUACAAUGGUUGGAUAAACUCACCACCAUUGAUUUUUGAAUCAAAAAAGACAGUUGAUUUCCACGAAGAGAUGAACCACGAAGUUUUUGAAGGCUGGUUUUUUGAGGUGUUGUUAAAAUCAAUCCCAGCUGGCUCUACAAUAGUGAUGGACAAUGCCCCCUAUCAUUCCCGGGUGGAUAAUCCAGCACCAACAACAUCGUCUAGAAAAGGGGAGUACAUUGACUGGUUGCAUAACCGUGGAAUUCCAUUUACUCCAGAUAUGCGUAAGCCUGAACUCUACAAUCUCAUCAAACUUCAUAAGCCUCAGCUUACUUCCUAUGUUAUUGACAAGAAAGCUGCUGACCUAGGAUUUAGAGUAAUCAGACUUCCACCAUAUCAUUGUAAUUAUAACCCCAUUGAAAUGGUAUGGGGCCAUUUGAAGCGGUACGUAGCAUCAAAGAACACCACAUUCAAGUUGUCAGACGUUCAGACACUCUUCAUGGAAGCUGUGAACUCCUAUCCCCCCGAAACCUGGGAAAAAUGUGUCAAGCACGUGAAGACUGAAAUGGACAACGAUUGGCUUAGUGAAGGUCUCGACGAUACCAGUGUGCAGGAACUUAUCAUUAACCUGGCUCCAGGGGACUCGGAUGUGGAUGACAGCGACUGGGACAGCGAUGAGGAAGACGACUUGGGAGUCGCUCAGCUUGAAUGA